AAAACAAAGAGAAAGGAACCCUAACCCGUUAAAUAAUAAAAGCACUCGUCUAAAAUCCUGCACGACCGUGAACCUCCGUAGAAACGGUGGCUCAUACGCCGGUGCAGAAGGCGAACUUUGAGAACUCUUAUUUUGUUCAUUAACAUAGUCUGCUGAUUCCUCAGGGCUUCUGAAUUGGCUCCUGUCUCUUUUGCUUAUUACUUUGAAGUGGAAACGCUUAACGAACUUCAUUUCCUGUUGAAUGACAUUUGAUGUUUUGAGGCCCUGCUAUAUAACCUAUAUUAUCAACAUGGACAACUUUGCUACUGUAGUCUGCUCAACUAAGCUGUGCUGUAAAUCCAGUGUCUUGUGACAAAAUGAGUUCACGAAAGAAGACACCUUUUCAGAAACACCGGGAAGAAGAAGAAGCUAAGAAAAAGAGAGCUGAGGAUGAAACAGCUCGUUUGUAUCAAGAGUUUGUGGAGUCAUUUCAAGGCGAUGAUGUGCCAGGUUCAAAGGCAUUUGUUAGAGGAGGUGUCAUCAAUCCCAAUGAGAAGUUGAAGAAUGACUCUGAAGGUGGAAUUUCCAACGAUGAGGGUUCUGGUUUAAAGAAGGGGAGUAGGUAUGUUCCAUCUUUUAUACCACCUCCUAUGGCAACUAAAGGUAGAGAUUAUGAGAAGAAGAAGGAAGAAAAGCCUAAGGAAAAAGAAAGAGGAAAAGCAAGGAACAUCGAUAAUUUUAUGGAGGAGUUGAAACAUGAACAAGAAAUGAGGGAAAGGAGAAAUCAAGAGCGUGAACAGUGGCGUGAUCGUCAUACUGAUAAUUCCACUCCAUCCACUCGGUUUGAUGAGCUUCCAGAUGAUUUUGAUCCCAGUGGAAGGCCCGGAUCAUUUGAUGAUGGGGACCCGCAGACCACAAAUCUUUAUGUUGGAAAUUUAUCACCUCAGGUUGAUGAAAAUUUCCUUUUGCGCACUUUUGGAAGAUUUGGACCCAUUGCAAGUGUCAAAAUAAUGUGGCCUAGGACAGAUGAGGAAAAAAGGCGGCAAAGGAAUUGUGGUUUUGUUGCUUUCAUGAAUAGGGCUGAUGCUCAAGCUGCAAAAGAUGAAAUGCAAGGAGUGAUUGUUUAUGAGUAUGAACUGAAGAUCGGGUGGGGUAAAUCUGUCUCUCUCCCAUCACAAGCUUUGCCUGCUCCACCACCAGGACAUAUGGCCAUCAGAAGUAAGGAGGGAUCCACAGUGAUCUUGUCUGGUCCUGCAGGUCCUCCAGUCACAUCUGUGCCAAGUCAGAAUUCUGAGCUAGUUUUAACUCCAAAUGUACCUGAUAUCACUGUUGUUCUACCCGACGAUGAUCAUGUACGCCAUGUCAUUGAUACAAUGGCUCUCUAUGUUCUUGAUGGAGGUUGUGCCUUUGAACAAGCCAUAAUGGAGCGAGGUCGUGGAAGUCCUCUCUUCACUUUCUUGUUUGAACUUGGAUCAAAAGAACAUACUUACUAUGUCUGGAGGCUUUAUUCUUUUGCUCAGGGAGAUACUCUUCAAAGAUGGCGAACUGAACCUUUCAUUAUGAUAACUGGUAGUGGCAGAUGGAUACCGCCUUCUCUGCCAUCAGCGAAAGGGGUUGACCAAGAGAAGGAAGGAGGAAGCACCUAUGCUGCUGGACGGAGCCGGCGUGUGGAGGUGGAACGGACACUGACAGAUGCACAGAGAGAUGAAUUUGAGGAUAUGCUUCGUGCAUUAACACUGGAAAGAAGGCAGAUAAAAGAUGCAAUGGGUUUUGCAUUAGAUAAUGCUGAUGCUGCUGGAGAGGUGGUCGAGGUUUUAACAGAGUCUUUGACGCUAAAAGAAACUCAACCACCUUCUAAGAUUGCACGAUUAAUGUUGGUUUCCGACAUUCUUCAUAAUAGUAGCGCUCCUGUGAAAAAUGCAUCUGCUUACCGCACCAAAUUUGAAUCCACUUUACCAGAUGUAAUUGAAAGCUUCAACGACUUAUAUCGCAGCAUCACAGGUCGAAUGACAGCUGAGGCCCUUAAGGAGAGGGUUCUGAAAGUUCUUCAAGUUUGGGCUGACUGGUUUUUGUUUUCGGAUGCUUACAUCAAUGGCUUACGAGCAACUUUUCUCCGGUCAGGAAAUUCUGGUGUUAUCCCCUUUCAUUCUCUAUGCGGUGAUGCCCCUGAGAUAGAACAGAAAGGAAACUCCAUGGAUAUGGUUGAUGGUGUAAAAGUUAACCAAGAUGCUGCAUUGGCUAUUGGGAAAGGAGCUGCCAUGAAGGAGCUUUUGAAUCUACCUCUUCCAGAGCUAGAAAGGCGGUGCAGGCAUAAUGGUUUGUCUCUUGUAGGUGGUAGGGAAAUGAUGGUUGCUCGAUUGCUUUAUCUUGAAGAUGCAGAAAAGCAGAGGGGCUAUGAAUUAGAUGGCGAAUUGAAACAUGGUAGCCACGCAAAUUCUGGAAAAUAUUCAACUAGCCAAAAAGAAGGAAACAGUCGAUUUGAUCAAUAUCAUUAUGUUGAUGAAAAUGCACAACAGAAAAGCACACAUUCUCUGCAUUCACCCCCUGACUCUCUGCAUUCACCCCCUAGAAGUCAAACUGUACAGCCUGUAUCAAUUACUUUAACAGAUGAGACAAGAAACGACCCUAUCUUGCCAUCCUCAAAAUGGGCUAGAGAUGAUGAUGAAAGUGACGGUGAAGAAAAAAAGAGCAACAAAGAUCUCGGCUUAACAUAUUCAUCCUCUGGGAGUGAGAAUGCCGGUGACGGUUCCAGUAAGAUUGAUGAGGCAGAGCUUACAACUGAAGCAAGCAACACCAUCCAUGUUGAAACUGGAAUAAAUGAAGAACAGAGACAAAAGCUAAGGCGUCUGGAGGUUGCUUUAAUUGAGUAUCGUGAAUCCCUCGAAGAACGAGGGGUAAAAAGUUUAGAUGAAAUUGAGAAGAAAGUUGAAAUCCAUAGACGACGGCUACAAUCUGAGUAUGGUUUGCUGAACUUCAAUGAAGAUUCUUCAAGAAAACCUCUCAAAUCAUCUCUGGAGAGAAAAGAAAGGAGAAACGAUUACCAAGAAGCAUCAAGGAAGCGGCUGCGAAGUGAGAGCCCACCUCGGAAAUCAUGCAGUAGAGACAGGGAAAGGGAAAGUGACUUAAACAGAGAGCGAGAAAGGCGUCGUGAGAGGGAAAGAGGCCACGAUGUAGAAAGCGAUAAGCAGAGGGACAGAAAAGGGGGAAGCAGAGAAAGAGAUGAUAGCCGUGAAAGAGACAGAAGGGAGAGAGAACGCGAACGAAGGAGGGUAAGAUAAAAAAGAUCCACAUUAUUUCUUGACGACUCAGCUAUGUAGAGGAACAAUCGCGAGAUAGUCAACUGGAUUUGUAAGGAAGUUACAACUUAAGACAACUUCACCCCAUUUGUCAUGGAUGUGUAAGAAGUGCCUGAAUGGUAUAUCGGACAUAAUGAGUGUGUCCUAUCCGUAUAAAUGUAAGUCUGCUUAGAGGAAUGUAAGUCUGCUUAGAGGCAGAAGCUGGUUGAGCGUUGAGCCAUCGUAUUUCUGGAGUCCUCCAUUAUUCAAAAGAAAAUCUCAUAAUUGGUCUCAUUCUAGAAUUAUCAUUUGAGACACAUGUUACGGCCGAGUUUUCCAUGUUUUGCAGAUGAUUUCGCUUUUGUAUUUUUGAGGAUCUAAUGUAGACGGAGUUUUAUGCUACCGGUAUAUUUGCAUUUCUGUCUAGACCCAACAUUGUAUAACCGUUGUUUUAUGCCAGAAAGUGUUUAACGGUUCAUCCUUAGGGGCUUAUGGCCAAAUUAUUUUGUUAUGCUAAUGGAACUUUUAUUUAAUGAAACACACCACUGCCUUAUUCGUUAUUA